CCUGGGCAGCGGCCGAGCUCUGUGGCUUCAGGGCUUGGAAGGAGAGAGGGAGGGUGGCGAGGAGAGUGAGUCGGUGCCGCCGCCCGCCUGAGGAGAGAGGAGGGGUCCCGCUCGUCUUGCGCCCUUCGCGGGCCGAGAGCGCGGAGCAGUCGCGAAACUCCCAGGCCUCUCGGCCCCUGGGGACCCCGCCCCGCCGCCCGCCGGCCCGCGGCCUCUCUUCCCUUUGUGAGCGCCCCCUUCCCAGGGGUGCUGGUGGUGGCGGAGGGGUGCGCGUGGGCCCGCCCGCCGAGGGGCCGCGGCGGGGGACCGACUGGGCCUCGGCUGUGAGAACCCGAGGCGGCCGAGGCCCGGGCCGGUUCCCCCGAGGCGGCGGCGGCGGCGGCGGCUCCCGGCACUUCCCCGCGCCAUCUUAACUGAGUCCGAGCGUUAAGGGCGCCUCCUCGACCCCGGUCGUCCCCUCGUCCCCCCCUCCCCCCCCCGGCCCCUUGUCGCAGAGCUUGGGCUGGGCGGCUGGGGGGGGGGCGGCGGUCUGUCGCCGGGCCCCCUCCUCCUCACUCCUUGCUCUCCAGCACUGCGGCCACCGGAGCGCUCCAGGGGUCUGCGCCUGCCUACUCCGCCCCAGAUCUGCCGGCGAAGGGUUUAUGUCAGCGUGGCUUCAUUCAUACAGAUGAACCAAGCAUUGGGAAUAACAGUAUAAAAUUAGAAUCAGACAGCUGACUGCUCAGCAGGAUGCCAUCAACUAACAGAGCAGGCAGUCUAAAGGACCCUGAAAUUGCAGAGCUCUUCUUCAAAGAAGAUCCGGAAAAGCUCUUCACAGAUCUAAGAGAAAUUGGCCAUGGGAGCUUUGGAGCAGUAUAUUUUGCUCGAGAUGUGCGCACUAAUGAAGUGGUGGCCAUUAAGAAAAUGUCUUAUAGUGGAAAGCAGUCUACUGAGAAAUGGCAGGAUAUUAUUAAGGAAGUCAAGUUUCUACAAAGAAUAAAACAUCCCAACAGUAUAGAAUAUAAAGGCUGCUAUUUACGGGAACACACCGCAUGGCUUGUAAUGGAAUAUUGUUUGGGAUCUGCUUCAGAUUUGCUAGAAGUUCAUAAAAAGCCAUUACAAGAAGUGGAAAUAGCAGCAAUUACACAUGGUGCUCUCCAGGGAUUAGCUUAUUUACAUUCUCAUACCAUGAUCCAUAGAGAUAUCAAAGCAGGAAAUAUCCUUCUGACAGAACCAGGCCAGGUGAAACUUGCUGACUUUGGAUCUGCUUCCAUGGCCUCCCCUGCCAAUUCUUUUGUGGGAACGCCAUAUUGGAUGGCCCCAGAAGUAAUUUUAGCCAUGGAUGAAGGACAGUAUGAUGGUAAAGUUGAUGUAUGGUCUCUUGGAAUAACAUGUAUUGAAUUAGCGGAGAGGAAACCUCCUUUAUUUAAUAUGAAUGCAAUGAGUGCCUUAUAUCACAUAGCCCAAAAUGAAUCCCCUACACUACAGUCUAAUGAAUGGUCUGAUUAUUUUCGCAACUUUGUAGAUUCUUGCCUCCAGAAAAUCCCUCAAGAUCGCCCUACAUCAGAGGAACUUUUAAAGCACAUGUUUGUUCUUCGAGAGCGUCCGGAAACAGUGUUAAUAGAUCUUAUUCAAAGGACUAAGGAUGCAGUAAGAGAGCUGGACAAUCUGCAGUAUCGAAAGAUGAAGAAACUUCUUUUCCAGGAGGCACAUAAUGGACCAGCGGUAGAAGCACAGGAAGAAGAGGAGGAGCAAGAUCAUGGUGUUGGCCGGACAGGAACAGUGAAUAGUGUUGGAAGUAAUCAGUCUAUUCCCAGUAUGUCUAUCAGUGCCAGCAGCCAAAGCAGCAGUGUUAACAGUCUUCCAGAUGCCUCGGAUGACAAGAGUGAGCUUGACAUGAUGGAGGGAGACCAUACAGUGAUGUCUAAUAGUUCUGUCAUCCACUUAAAACCUGAAGAGGAAAAUUAUAGAGAAGAAGGAGAUCCUAGAACAAGAGCAUCAGAUCCACAGUCUCCACCUCAAGUGUCCCGUCACAAAUCACAUUAUCGUAAUAGAGAACACUUUGCAACCAUACGAACGGCAUCACUGGUUACAAGACAGAUGCAAGAGCAUGAGCAGGACUCUGAACUUAGAGAACAGAUGUCUGGUUAUAAGAGGAUGAGGAGGCAGCAUCAAAAGCAGCUGAUGACUCUGGAAAAUAAAUUAAAGGCAGAGAUGGAUGAACACCGUCUCAGAUUAGACAAAGACCUUGAAACUCAGCGUAACAAUUUUGCUGCAGAAAUGGAGAAACUUAUCAAGAAACACCAAGCUGCUAUGGAAAAAGAGGCUAAAGUGAUGGCCAAUGAGGAGAAAAAAUUCCAGCAACACAUUCAAGCUCAACAGAAGAAAGAACUGAAUAGCUUUUUGGAGUCCCAAAAAAGAGAAUAUAAACUUCGAAAAGAGCAGCUUAAGGAGGAGCUGAAUGAAAACCAGAGCACACCUAAAAAAGAAAAGCAGGAAUGGCUUUCAAAGCAGAAGGAGAAUAUACAACAUUUCCAGGCAGAAGAAGAAGCUAACCUUCUUCGACGUCAAAGGCAGUAUCUGGAGCUAGAAUGUCGCCGCUUCAAGAGAAGAAUGUUACUUGGGCGACAUAACUUGGAACAGGACCUCGUCAGGGAGGAGUUAAACAAAAGGCAGACUCAGAAGGACUUGGAACAUGCUAUGCUGCUACGACAGCAUGAAUCCAUGCAAGAACUGGAGUUUCGCCACCUCAAUACUAUUCAGAAGAUGCGCUGUGAGUUGAUCAGACUGCAGCAUCAAACUGAGCAGCUACUAACCAGUGAAUAUAAUAGCGAAUGGGAACGAGAACUAAGGCGAAAACAUGUUAUGGAAGUUCGACAACAGCCUAAGGAAUUAAAGUCUAAAGAACUUCAGAUAAAAAAGCAGUUUCAGGAUACAUGCAAAAUUCAAACCAGACAGUACAAAGCAUUAAGAAACCACCUACUGGAGACUACACCAAAGAGUGAGCACAAAGCUGUUCUGAAAAGACUCAAGGAGGAACAGACUCGGAAGUUAGCCAUCUUGGCUGAGCAGUAUGAUCAUAGCAUUAAUGAAAUGCUCUCCACACAAGCUCUGCGUUUGGAUGAAGCACAGGAAGCAGAAUGCCAGGUUUUGAAGAUGCAGCUGCAGCAGGAACUGGAGCUAUUGAAUGCAUAUCAGAGCAAAAUUAAGAUGCAGGCUGAGGCCCAACAUGAUCGAGAGCUUCGAGAGCUGGAACAGAGGGUCUCCCUUCGCAGGGCACUCUUAGAACAAAAGAUUGAAGAAGAGAUGUUGGCUUUGCAGAAUGAACGCACAGAACGAAUACGUAGCCUGCUUGAGCGUCAAGCCAGAGAAAUUGAAGCUUUUGACUCUGAAAGCAUGAGACUAGGUUUUAGUAACAUGGUCCUUUCUAAUCUCUCCCCUGAGGCAUUCAGCCACAGCUACCCAGGAGCUUCUAGUUGGUCUCACAAUCCUACUGGGGGGCCUGGACCUCACUGGGGUCAUCCCAUGGGUGGCACACCACAAGCUUGGGGCCAUCCAAUGCAAGGUGGACCCCAGCCAUGGGGUCAUCCCUCAGGGCCAAUGCAAGGGGUCCCUCGAGGUAGCAGUAUGGGAGUCCGCAAUAGCCCCCAGGCUCUGAGGCGGACAGCUUCUGGGGGACGGACAGAACAGGGCAUGAGCAGAAGCACGAGUGUCACUUCUCAAAUAUCCAAUGGGUCACACAUGUCUUACACAUAAUAAUUGAAAGUGGCAAUUCCGUUGGAGCUGUCUGCCAAAAGAAACUGCCUACAGACAUCAUCACAGCAGCCUCACUUGGGUACUACCAUGUGGAAGCUGAGUGCAUAUGGUAUAUUUUAUUUGUUUUUGUAAAGCGUUAUGUUUUGUGUUUACUAAUUGGGAUGUCAUAGUAUUUGGCUGCCGGGUAUUUGUGGUUGGCUUUUUGUUUCCUUGUUUUUAACUUUUGGAAAAUUUUAAAACUGGGAAUAGAUAAAUAUUUCAUGUGUGUGGCAAAAAAGAAAUUGGCUUAAUAGAAGGGGUUUUAUCAGAACAAUAUAAAAAUAAAAUGAAGCAUACUGGCCUGAAUCAUCGCUUUAGGAUGUCCAUAGCCUAAGAAGUUUAUUGAAAGAUCUAAAGACUUCCUCCAUAUUUCAAAUUCUGUGAGUCACUGACAGCAGGCAGCGUCUGUGCUGAAACAUGUUCUUACUGAAGCAUACCUCCACACCUUUCUUUAUGAAACUGCUCUGACUUAGCAACCUCAUUUGGACUACAGCAGAAAACCAUGAACAUUAAAAGAUUGUAUUUACCUUUUCAGGUGGUAGAAGAUCAUUUAGUUUUUUGCUAAGUGCAUCAGAAGUUUGUCCCUGAUUUUGUAGGUUGUGUUGUUGUUAAGAUGGCAUUGCUUAAGGAGAUCAUAAGCUGUGUGGGGAUUGCACUAACAGGCUUGUCAGCAGCUAUCAGAGGAAAAACAGAGGGUUGGGACCCUAAAAGUUCCUGUGAUACAUGUGUUCAGCAUGGAAUGAGGAGAUAAAGCCUAUGUAUCAUGAUAUUUUGUUUCUUGUAGAGUGAUAGCUCAUGCUACCCAAACUAUAAGACACCAAAAAGUACCUUUGCUUUGUUUGUACAAAAUCAAAGACACUUAGCCAACACAAAGCAAAUGCCAGAGGUAUUUGAAUGAUGCCAUAUUUGUGAACUGCCAUCUAUUAGAAUACUCAUCACACUACAUAGACAUAAUUUUAUUUAUCCCCCUUUUGGCUUAUGGGAUUUCCUGUUUACAAGUAGCAAUAGUCAAUUAUUUAAAUAUUUAGUUGCCACUAGGAGUCACUGAGCCAAUGACCACCAGCUGCUGACUAAUCUUCACACUGUAGAUGUUGCUCCAUCUGCAGGUCCCCUAUGUUUAAUUGCUGUUUUUGUUGCUGCAGUACCUUACAAACUUUUAGUUCAUUGAGACUUAGUAACCAUCUUGGUUCAUGUUACUUCCCCACAAUAGUAAAGUCCCUUUCAGAAGUCUCUAGUGCGAAAAUACUACUGAGGAGAAACUAGGUAGUUUGGUGAGUGAAAGAAAACAACAACAAAAAUUAAAAGUAAGUUAUAGUGAUCAGGGACCACUAACCUGGGAAUGUGUUCUAUGUUUUCUUCAAUGAAGGAUUAAUCCAGUGUUCUAAGUCAGUGCUAGUUAGUAUCCUCCAGUUGCUUGUGUAGAGCUUGAGGUGGAGGUAGGCAAGGGGCAGUGCCGUUUUUAGUGACAGACCAGAGUUUCUUACAAGUUAUUGUCCUGCUCCCUCUUCAGUUGUCUUGAAGAGCUCUUGCUGCUAACUCUGGGUCCUGCUUUUCCUGUAAUUGGAAGGCAAGAACACAUUUAAGCAUACUUAGAACAAACUAGCGACCAAAUUGUCAUCUGCCACUAUUGAAGUUCUUGGUUUUCUUAACAACAGAUUAAAUCUUGUCCAGGUAUGUCAUUCCAGUCUCUAUGACUUGCCCCCUUAAGGAAUUUCUGACUUUGGUUUAAGGGUUUCUGACACUAAUUAGAAGAGAAAUUAGAUCAGGGUGUGGUGGCAUAUACUUAAAAUCCCAGCAGUUGGGAGAUAGGAGUCUGGGGUUCAAGGCUGCCUUCAGCUGUCUCACAGAGGGAAGAAAGGAAGAUGUUAUUAUAUAGAUCCUUUGAAAACCAAUAUAAGGUUGGUGGCAGAGUUCACACACACUCUAGUCAGGGUUUUAAACAUGAUCUACAUCAGUUUUUAGGUAAACAUUAUAGUUAAUGAAAGGGGCUUUUUUAGUUUUUUUUUUCUUCCUGCAUUCAAAAUUCUAUUCAAGAGUUUCAAACAAAUUGAGAGUUCUAUAUAUUUGAAGGAAAUAAGGGAAAGCUUUAAAUUUAAUAGGAUGUUCAAAAUCUAAAAGAAGACCAUCUUUAUAAGAUGAUCUUAUAAAACCAUUAAACACCAUGCUUCUGCAUCUGACCCUAUCUACUUCUGGAGGGUUAGAAUGGGAAAAUAAAUCAGAUGUGAAUAGAAAAUUCCUUCAGACUCCAAACUAUUACCAGAGAUACAUCCUAUAGUCUAGCUGUGAGUUUCACUUGGUCAGAUUGAGUUGCUGAGUCCAUUUUGAUCAUAAUGUACUCAUACUAGUGUGACUGAGUAAUGACUAUGUGUUGUGUCCAAAAGAGAUCUCUGCCUCAUUUAAUUGUGUGGCACCGGUUUUCCCAUAUAGGUCAUGAUUAUACCAUCAGUUUAGUUAAAAUACAUGUUGUUUGCAAAAUGAUUAGCGUUAAUAGGUUGUGUGUAAGCUAUAACUUCUGAGUAAUCGUGUACAUGGCAGAAACUGUGACAGUAAAAACUGGUAGCAGGAAAAUUUGAAAGGGUUUAAAAUACCCUGAAGACAGGGCAUGUACUUUCUGGGAAAAAAAAAAAAAUGUGGAAAUGUCAAAGUUUGACCAGUUUAACACUACCUCCUCCCCAUUAUUAUGUGUGUGUUUAAGAAGGUGAGAAGUGUGGAGAAGUUAGGAUCUAUAUCUGGUAUCCAGAGCCUAGUGGGGAAACGUUUCUUGUUCUCCCUUUUUGGGGUCAGCAUUUUAAACAUACAUAGCUUCAUAUCUUAAGACAUUUUAUUCCUAAUUAAAUUCCCCGCCCUUUGCACAUAAUUUUUCCUUUAAACUUAGCUCUAACCCUAAGUUGUGACAUCAGAAAGUGUUUGCACUGUGUAAACAACAUUAGCUGAAAGCGAGUUUAUUUCAUUAGAGCUCCUAUUUUCUGUAUGUUUCUUUAACUAGAGUUGAACAGUCCUGAACAUGGAGUCACACCCACAGGUGAACACACUCAGUCUCAAGUCAAGGCCUUGCUAGUAAAUGGAACUUUGUAAUAGUUAUUAUGAUUUUUUGACUGUCUGGACAUCAAGUAAACAACAUUCAGAACACUAAAGAAAAUGUCCUAGAGAUUCCAUCUUGCUACUAACAAUUUUUUUGUGUACAUCCUUUUUUUGUUUUUCAGAACUUAAGGCAGAAUUCAGUAAUUUUGUGCUUCUGUAAAUGUCUAGCAUUUUAAGCAUAUAUAGACUACAUUGUUUUGGACACUGGAAUAAUAUGAUUUAUUUUCACCUAUAAAAAUGACUUCAUUGUACUUGAACACCUUUGCAUUUCUCCAUUUGUGCCAUUUACAAGUGGAAAUAAAUUGUAUUAUACCAUGAUCUACUGGCUUUUUAAAACUGUUACAUAUGCACAUUUUUGGUAUAGCUAUUUUCAUUUGUAUGUGUAUAUUGUGUGUGUACAUAUAUAUAUAUAUAUAUGAGUGUCUAUAUGUGUGUAUAGAUGGAUGGAUAAACUCAUUCUAUACAUGUCUGCCAGGGCUCAGUUUUGAGUUCUGUUGUUUUCUUUUUUAUCUUCUGUUAAGGCAAGGAUGUGUGUGUUUUUAAAGAGUACUCUGAGCUGAUAUUUAUGAGAAGGUGAUUAGUAGAUUCAGUUGUUUCCUUUUUAAUCUCUUAGCACUUGUAUCAGUGAAGAGAAAGUUAAGUAAAAUGAAACCAUAAAUUUCAGUGUAGUAAAAAUAUGAUAGGGAAGGAGCCAGUUGGUGUUUCUUUGAGUUUGUUUUACAAUGCAACAAAAGAUAAAAGCAGGAGAAAAGUGAACUGUGCAAAGAACACUGGUGGUGAUUUUCCACAAAGGUGGAAAGCCAGUGAUCCAUUCUUACUGUUCAUGCCAUGAUCCUCCACUCUUAAUACUGAUAGUUCUGAUUUUGCUGAGGAUCAAAACUGCCAAGAAAGAAACUACUACUAAAACAUAUGUAAGGUUCUCCUACACUGUAAAAUCACAGGAGAUGACCACUGGGAGAGAAGGCAUGAUACUGGCUUCUUGAAGGGCUGUCUCCUUUUAACUUACUCUUCUUGCUUGCUAAUAGUAAGUUCUUUAUGCACCUUCGACCCCUUCUGAGCCACUACUAUUCAAGCAGAUAUUUGGUCCAACGCAAUCCCUUUCUUAGUUUCACUUCUUUUCUUUUGAGACAGGGUCUUGCUUUCUGGUCUGGUAACUGAUGUUCACCCAGGACUGGCCUCAAAUUUCUAGCACUCCUAUCCCAGCCUUCCAAGUGAUGGGAUUAUAGGUGUGGGCCACCAUGCUCAGCCACAGCAGCCCUUUCCUUCGGAGGUUUAUAGUUCUGCAUUCACUCGUUCAGAAUGUGAAGUGUCCUAAUGUGUAUUAACUUCAGAAAAAUAAUAUAUUUGAGCUGUCCUAAGUGUGAAUCUGCUAUAAUGAGAAAUUCUUACUUCUUACAUAGAGCCUUCUCUAAGGAGCAAAGUCAAAAUGUGGGCUGUCAUCGCUGAGCUGCUUCUCAAAUUACAGAUCAUUACUGAAGAUAAAUACAUUGUUUUGUUCCCCCCUUUAACAGAAGUCUCCCUUCCCUGUUUAGCAUCGCCUUUUAAAAGGCGCUCACCCUUAGUUAAGAACUGGAAAUUCCCACCCUCGGAUUCCUUAAAGGAUGAAGAGUGUGCUGUACACUCAGCAUACAUGCCUCUUGUAUGCAAGGACUACUGAUUGACGUCUGUUUUGCUGUGUCUGGUUAUGUUGUCUGCACUUUUAUGAAAUCACUACAGUAGAUCUACGUUGGAAAUAACUAUUGAUUUGUAAGGAAAUUUUUAUUAAACACUGUAGAAAAAGAAAGUAAAGCGGAGAACUCUUCCUUCUUGUGCAUUUAUAUUUUCUGCUGAAUUCUGGUAGCCCAUUUUAAAGUUGUAUUGACUUGUUUAUUUUCCUCUUUGAUUAUAUUCAGACUUCCAAAGUUUUAUUCAAACAAGUGCUGGCCUUCAGAUUAUAAAUGUAUGAAAUAUGCACCGUAUCUGCCUAUUGCAGACUUUUGAAACUUGCACUGCCCAUUCAUGCAAAAAUAAGUAUCUUAAGAAACAGAAAACACAAACUGGGGAGCCAUGUACUGUGUCACCAUAUCUGUUAACUGUUUCCAGCAAUCCAAACUGUGUGUGUGAUAUUGGUGUGUGAGUGAAUGAGUGUGAUUUUAUUUUGCUUUGCUUUCCUUUUAAAUAUACAAGGGGUUCUUCUUCAAACAGAGGAAAAAGUUAAUCCUCUCCAGUUGAUGCCCACUGGAUAUAAUAAUCUUUACAUCUGUAGGUAGUUGGGAAUAUAGAGAGAAGAGAAGGUAAGACUUCUCAGUGAAUGACAAAGGGUGUCUUGAUGCUCAAGAAUCCCCCUCCCCUAAAGUACGGGUAAUUCAGCCUGCACAGUUUCCUUUCACUUGUAGUUCAACAAUUAUGAGUGAGAAAUCAUGUAAUUAUCUGUAAAUAUGUAGCUAACAAAUUGACCUAGUUUCUGUAUUUUUUUUGGUUUUGUACUAAAGUUUAUAGGUCUGUGCCAGCUAGAGAGGAGUUGCUGUCAUUGCUAGUUGUGGUUCUAGCAUUUAACCCUGAAACCAUCCUAGGUGACAUUUUUAGAAUUAAUGCCUAAAUGUUGUUAAACAGGGAGAAAUGGAGCUUAAUCAUUGGUCAGGUUUGAAAUCUUUUGAAACUAAGUAAUUUUAUUUAAUAUGAUUACAUGUCAGUCAUGAGUGAGGUGUAGGGAGUCUCCCUCCCCCAGUGGCCAUGUUUACAGAGUGUUUGUCUAUAAAGUGCAAGUGUGUUAAUGUUAUGUAAAUUAUGCAGGUGAUAACUAUGGUUUGGGACUGUUUAUGGGCUCUUUUAACUGAAUUUUAAAAUGAAAUGAACUAUGCUUAUUGCUGGCACAUUGAUCCCAUUUCUGGAACAUUUUUCCUACGUCCAGAAUUCCGUAUGUUCCUUGACAUUAUCCCCACUUAACCUCCCUUCCUCUGAUAUGCCUUGUAGCUAAGAUAUUAAAGACUGUUGAACAUAGAUGAGGGAAAUGUGUUUCUUAAAAAUCCAUGAACCCUCAAUUGUAUGCUUUCAGUAUUGUGUUAUAUGUUUCUAUGGCAACUUUGAAGUCAGUGGUUUAGAAAUGAGAUACCAAUGUUAAUGAAAAAGUAUGUACUCUUUGCUUUUGCAUGGCUUGGCUUAGUAUCCAAGGUAUAUUAGAGCCACUUGAAAGCAUGAAGACCAGUUAUGGAAACAGGUUUCUCUUAGUGGCACAUUUUGCUUUUUCUUAGCCCUCAAAUACAUUGCCUCGGCAUGAACAUUAUUGUUAAUAUAAAUUGUACAUGGUCAUCAAGCGAAUUCUGUAAUUUUGAAAGAUGCAGCUGCCUGAUGUCUGAAGUUUGGUUGGUCUCUAUCUCAAAUAACAGUGUGGGUAUGGGAGCCCUUCUUGCCCCUUUUUGGGUCUUAAACAGGUAUAUCAAUUUAUCAAGGCGUUGGCUGCCCCUGGGGUAUUGCCAUGCUGUUGUCUUUGCUGCCCAUUCAUUCCACAUGUGCUGUUGUCCUUCCCUGCAUGUCAUACUCUCAAAGAAGCCAUCAUCCUUUCUUCCUAGCAAUUUUAUUUUGCCUUUUAUUCCACAUUAAAUGGGAAUUGUGCCUAUUUAGAUUGCCCCUCUAGUUAAAUACACAUGUAACCCAAGCCAGAGUCAAGGUGGUAAAACAUUUUUUUUUCAAGUCUACUUGGCCAGUAAUUUACCUAGCAAACUUACCACAUUAUCUUGACACUUGAUAGAAGAGCCUAUUAGGAGUCACGUGGUUUCAUAGAGUAAAGUCCAAGUGAAGAGGGAUGUGUGGGGUUUCCAUUAGGAAAUAAUUUUGUUAUUUUACUUUUUAUGACCCUCUGCUAGUUUAGAAUAGGUUUUCUCUUUUUUUUAAAUUUUUUUAGGGAAAUUUUUACAAAAGCAAUGGUCUGAUGUAAAUAACCUUUUAAAGUACAGUGCACAUAACUUCCCUAGGCUGUUCCAACCUGACUUUGUAAAUGCUUUAGAGUUUUUAAAUUAACACUGUGUUGCUAAAUCCUAUUUAUGUAAGUCUGAAAAGGUUUUUAUCCCAUGUAAAACAUUUAAAUAAUGCAGGUUAUAAUGAGCAAGUUAGCUUUGAGAACCCCUCCUUUUAGUAUAUGAAAAAGCCUAAUGCGCAUUAAUGAGGUUGGAGAGACUAUGAGAAAUAUGUAUAGUGUAUAUUUUAAACAGCUUUGCUUGUAUUGUGAAGAUGUAAGAACAAACUUGAGAUUUUUAAAGUUAACUAUUAACACAGUUUUAACGUGAGUUACCCCACUGGGUUCAAAGCAUCUUGAAUGUAUAACCCUUCUGUAACCCAGGCUGGUUUCUGCUUUUACCGAAUCAUCUAAACGUUAUUUAUAUUUUUAGUUUUAUGUACUCAUUUCUUUUCAUUUUCCUCAAACAGCAUGGUUUUUUUGCACAUGUAGAAAUUUUUAAAAAGAAGGAAAUUAAUACAUGAUUUUUUCUCUGAAUUUUCUUCACUUCAGUCUUUCUACUAACCUCUUAAAGGCCAUGGCAUUCCAUUUGCUUUAUUUGUGCAAAUGCCAGGGUUGGUUUUUAUUUUAUUUUUGCUAUUUACCUUAAAAAAAAAAGACAAUGCUUCAGUCAAUUGCUUUUUUUUUAUUUAAAAUUUAAAAAAAAAAGAAAGAAAAAAAAAGCUGUAACCUUAUCAUUUCUGAGUAGACCAUUGAGAGAGAAGUGCACACCUGUCGUCCCAGGACCAGCUUUGGUGGCUAAAGGGAAUACUUGAACUAAGCGAGAUGUCCUGUACAAAAUGUGGAAUGUGCUGUCCACAGUCUGUUUCAGUUAUUCCCACAAGUCAGGUCCUGAUAAAUGAGGGUUAUCAGCUAACUGAUAUGAUAUCAUUGAGGUUCGUCAAUGAAUUUGUACAUUUCUAGUUCCCUUUGGUGAAGGGGAAAGUGAUUUUGCAAGACCUAGAUUUUGGCUUGGUUUCUUGCCUCCUUUUUUGGCAGCCUUCAUUUCCUAAAGCCCUUGAGCCUGUAGGGUUUUCAUAGUGGACAAAGGACUUAUGGUCGUUUAAAACUGGGAUAGAUUUUGGGGAAAGGGCAAGAGAUAUAUUGAACAUACAGUAUCCUAGCACUUUUAACAGUGGAUAAUUUUGAGUAAGCCCAGUCCUUUCCAAUUUUAGACUAAACAGAUGCCCACAGUGGAGGCUUACAAGGGUUGCGAUGAGGAAGAAGCCUCUCCCUCUCUGUCCACACCAGCUGGUAAAGGUGACCGCAGGUGUGCAUUUCCUUUUGGUAGAAAUGGUCCACAGCACUAACUGGUAAGGCUAUUGUACAGUAUACUGUCAGUAUUCUCUGGUUCAGCAUACCUUAUAGUUCGUAUAUAACCUGUAUUAAUUGUAUAGAUUGUGCAUUUAAAGCUGUUACCAAGUUGUCAGAACCUUAAGAACGAAAACAGGUCAUAUGUAAUAUUUUGUUUGUAAGUAUCCUUUGUAUCAUAGCAAAGGAAAUGUUUAAAAGAUCAACUGUAAUAAAAGUAAUUUUAGUACACA